AUGCGCCAUAACAUAAAAUUCAAAUCAAAGGGCACAUUGAAAAUUCGAAACACCGCUCAAAUUUCUCUCUGGAAAAAAUGUUCAGAUUCGAUGAUCGCUGAUCAGACUUAUCUCUUUAUCAAUCGGGUCCAAGACAGAAGGUUCGAUGAAGAAUCUCUUCGGAUUCUCGAGUUGUCUCUGGUUGCAAUGAAUGUGAAAUCGUUUUUGGAAGUUAGAUCUCGAUUGAGAGAUUUCAUGAGAUCUGAAUCGGUUGUUAUAUUCGGUGAGCUCACCGGAGAAUCCAUGGUCGCAAAACUCUCCGUACUUGAAUUCUUCGCUCGUGCUUUUGCUCUUCUCGGUGAUAUGGAGAGUUGUUUGGCUAUGAGGUAUGAGGCAUUGAAUUUGCGGCAGCUCAAGUCUCCUAGCUGUUUGUGGUUAGGGGUUUCACAUUCAGAAUGGACCAAAUUUGCAGUCCAAUCUAUGGAAAAUGGAUUCCCUUCCAUUGCAGGAAAGGCGUCUGAAAAUGCCCUGUUGAGCCUUAAGAAGGAUAGUCUUAUUGAACCAAAAUCAGAAGAUAAUUCUGACAUUUUGGAUGCUGCUGAGAAAGUAAGGAGACUAAGGGAUUCAGCUGCCUCGUUAACAUCUUCACAUUCAGUUCAGGCACAAGGUGCAGGGUACUUGAGAAGCAAGGAACACAGAAUACAAUCCAGACAGACUCUACCCACUAAAAAUCCAGACUGCACAGGUAGCAAUCUGUUCAGAGAAGGAAUCAAGAAGCGUAACGAAAGAAUGUUGCAAGAUCUCCGUAGUAUUCGGAUGAAUCGAAAUCUAGAACCAGAUGUGCGCUGUGUUUGAACUUUGAUGCAACUGAUGCUACAAACUUUGCUGCUUCAUGUUCAUUGAAAAACAGGUCAGCUUUCGCUAACAUUACAACUUAGAUGUUACUGAAGAUCAUUUUUUUUUCUCAUAGAAGAAUAGAAGAAGCUUAACCUCAUUGAUGCCUUUUAUGAGCAAAAUCCAAAUCAUUUCACCAGACACAUUUCCCAUAAAGAUUGUUUCUGUUUUAGCUUUUGGUUAUCAAAAUUCGAAAUUUUACCACAUCAGUAUCACCACCUUCUGAAAAGUUUCCAUUCAGUUUUUUUCUUGAAAAGUACGAAAACUA